ACUUCAUCGGGAGCCCGAGUGGCUGCAGAUGCAAUUAGGGGAACCACGCCUGUUGCUCUCUAAUCUCCCUGAAUCGCAGUACUUAUACAGGAGCCCAGCCCGGAGCGCAGAGAGCCCGGACCGACGAACGCUUCAUCCAGAAAAAAAGUGCUAUUUAUCCCCCCCCCCCAAAAAAGGAAAAGUUUUCACCUCAUUCCUUAUUGCUUUUUUUUUUUUUAAAUUAUCGCGAGAGCGCGCAUUACGACCCUCCAGGGGUUGGUCCUGAGAGGGAGGCAGCAUCAGUCCUGUCCGGGAACACGCACCAGCAGCUGCAGCCAUGGAGUACCUCAAGUUCUGUUUUGUGUUUUCAUGCUGGAUGAAGUUCGCCAACUCGCUCUCCUCCACCGACGCACCUCAGGCGCCCGCGCCUAUUCCCAAAGAAAAAUUGCUUGUCUUAACUGUAGCGACACAGGAAACAGAUGGCUUCCAUCGCUUUAUGGAGUCUGCAAACUAUUUCAACUACACUGUGAAGGUGUUGGGAAUGGGAGACGCUUGGAAGGGCGGUGACGUGGGCCAUUCUAUUGGUGGAGGGCAAAAAGUCAGACUACUGAAGGAGGCCAUGUGGGCUCUGGCUGACCAGGAGGAUCUUGUUGUCCUGUCCGUGGAUAGCUAUGAUCUUAUCUUUGCCGGGGGACCCGAGGAGAUUCUCAGGAAGUUCCAGCAAGCCAAUCACAAAGUGCUUUUCGCUGCCGAGGGACUGAUAUGGCCAGAUAAGCGACUUGCUGACAAGUACCCCUCAGUGCGCAGUGGCAAGCGCUACCUCAACUCUGGAGGUAUAAUUGGCUAUGCCACGUACAUAAACAGAAUAGUUUCGCAGUGGGACCUCCACGACAAUGAUGAUGACCAGCUCUUUUACACUAAAAUAUAUGUGGAUCCCUUACAAAGACAAACACUCAAUAUGACUUUGGACCACAAGUGCCAGAUUUUCCAGAAUCUGAAUGGGGCAGUUGAUGAAGUGCUUCUCAAGUUUGGAACAGACCGAGUGAGAGUUAGAAACACAGUGUACGACUCCUUGCCAGUGGUUGUUCAUGGCAACGGAAACACCAAAAUGUACUUGAACUACUUAGCCAACUAUGUUCCCAAUACAUGGAACUAUGAACAUGGAUGCAGCCACUGUGAUGACAAUAUUUUGGACUUGUCUCAGUUAAAAGAGUAUCCAAAUGUGUUGGUCGGAGUGUUCAUCGAGCAGCCAACUCCAUUUCUCCCUGAAUUCUUCCAGCGGCUGCUGACUCUGGAUUAUCCUAAGGACAAACUUAAACUUUUUGUCCACAACAAUGAGGUUUACCACGAGAAGCACAUCCAGAAGUUCUGGGAAGAGAACAGGAAUGUGUUCAGCAGAUUCAAGGUGGUGGGACCAGAAGAAAUUUUGAGCCAAGGAGAGGCCAGGAACAUGGCCAUGGAUCUUUGCCGCCAGGACGCCGCAUGUGACUACUACUUCAGCAUAGACCCUGACGUCAUGCUCACCAACAGGCAGACACUGAAGCUCCUCAUUGAGCAAAACAGAAAAAUAAUUGGUCCCCUUGUCACUCGUCACAGCAAGCUGUGGUCCAACUUCUGGGGAGCCUUGAGUCUGGAUGGUUAUUAUGCUCGCUCUGAAGAUUAUGUCGACAUUGUGCAGAGGAAACGCAUGGGUGUGUGGAACAUUCCUUACAUGGCACACAUUUACCUGGUCAAGGGCCAGGUCUUGAGGAAUGAGCUGAAAGAGAGGAACUACUUUGUUCUGGAGAAACUGGACCCAGAUAUGGCUUUGUGUAGAAAUGCCAGAGAACUGACCAGUCACAGAGAAAAAGACUCCCCUUCUCCGGAAUCAUUCCAUAUGCUCAGGCCCCCAAAGGGCGUCUUCAUGUACCUAACAAACCGUCAUGACUUUGGGAGGCUCAUUUCCACAGCCAAUUAUAACAUUUCUCAUUACAACAAUGACUUGUGGCAGAUAUUUGAAAACCCCUUGGACUGGAAGGAGAAGUACAUCCACCAAAACUACACUCGAAUUUUCACUGAGAACCACAUGGAGGAGCCCUGUCCAGAUGUUUUCUGGUUCCCAGUGUUCUCAGAGAAGGCCUGUGAUGAAAUAGUCGAGGAGAUGGAGCACUACGGUACAUGGUCCGGAGGCAGACACGAGGACAAGCGGAUCUCCGGAGGCUACGAGACCGUGCCCACGGAUGACAUUCACAUGAAGCAAAUCGGCUUCGAUAAAGAGUGGCUACACUUCAUCCGAGAGUUCAUAUCACCCGUCACGUUAAAAGUUUUCUCUGGCUACUACACUAAGGGUUACGCUGUAAUGAACUUCGUGGUCAAAUAUACGCCUGAGAGACAAGCAUACCUGAGGCCGCACCAUGACUCCUCCACCUUCACCAUCAACAUCGCCCUCAACAACAAAGACACGGACUUCCAGGGUGGGGGCUGCCGCUUCCAUAGGUACAAUUGCUCCAUUAAGUCACCAAGGAAAGGCUGGACCUUCAUGCACCCGGGACGGUUGACUCAUCUCCACGAAGGCCUGCCCACCACCAACGGCACCCGCUACAUCGCAGUGUCCUUCAUCGAUCCUUGAACUGUCUGGUUAAUACUGACAUUUUUACUGUCAUUUCUUGACCUUGCUUUGCUUUUUUUGUUUGUUCUGUUUUGCUUUUGACGUUGUUUUUUUUACCCCAGGUGUUUUGCUGAUGCAAUUCUUACGUUAAAGCACCUGCUUUAAAAAAGUAAGUGAUUACAUUGAAAAAGAUCUCUGUCAAACAGAGUGUAGAGUGGAAAGGGAAGUGCCAAAAGAAAUUCACACAUUAGGUACACAAUUAACAAACGGCUAGCAGGGUACGGCGCCAUUUCAAACAUUUUGACUUAGAUUCGAAUCCAUGAUCCGAGCAGGACGUACUGGUACUGUAGCUUAUCGUGUUCUUCAUUGACGCGCACCCUUGCUAUUGUUAGCAGGUAGCUGUACCAUGCUAGCAUGCAGAUAGCCGUCGUGUAUCUAUUUGCGUUUCAGGUAAGAUGUCACUGAAUGCAUUUAUACUGUAAAAUUAUACUCAUUGUUUCAAAAGUUACCACUGGUGCUCAUCAAUAUUCCAUGUUUCUGCAUUUAAAAUUCCAAUCAUACUGUAAUUUAGUGGGGGUGUUUUUCCACCCUAAAACAGUCCAGAUGUGCGGUUUCAGUCAAACUUUAAUUUUGCCCGGUGAAAAAGAAAUAUAUUUUUGUAAUUUUGCACAUGAGAAAUAAAAACGAACAAAAAAAACAAUGAAACAGAAUUCAAUGUGAAUUCUGGAUGAAUGAAAUGGAAUAUUAUGUUUUUCCUUUUUUCUUUUUGGAGAUUGACAACAUUCAUUUGCUUUUCUGGAAACUUUUUCCUGCAAUAUAUUUUUCUGAGAAGUGUGUGUGAAUGGAUUUUGGGACUCGGAAAAAUUAAGUUGUUUAACUUAUUGUCAAAAUUUAAUAAAAUUCUUUAUUAAAAAAAAAAAA